AUGUACUAUUUUCACCGUCGUCACUCACAAUUUACUGGUCUCGAAUACCUAUUAGUUGCAAGUUGGAUAUUAAUAAUAUCUUCAUUCCCAACAUAUUGGUAUCAAAAAGAAGAAAAUGGAUUAAAAAUGAGGUUUAAUUAUAAACAAAUAGAAUAUGAAGAUAAGGAUGGAAUGGUGUGGCAGGGUGAAUUCCCAAAUGCAGAGUCUAGAGAAUUAUCAGUUUAUAGAGCUGCAUUUGCAUUUGAUAUCAUUGGGUUUAUGAUCUUGUCGAUUACCAUUUGUUUGGUGUCUAUUAGUUUUUUCCCAUGUAAACUUGCACCGUGGUUGUCAUCGAUCACUAAAUACUUUCCAAUUGGAGCAUUGGUAUUUUGCAUAGUGUCGGUGGUUAUUUUUGCAGGUGCUCUCAAAGAAGCUCGUCACAAGGAUUGUGUAAAGAUACAUGAAUAUUGUGAUGACAAAAUGUUUGACUUUAUAGUUCAAGAUUACAAUGGUCUUUCUCAACACCCAAUCCAUGGUUGGGCAUUCCUCAUCAUUGCUACCAUCUUUUUAACUUGUUCAACAAUCUCUUCAAUAGCAAUUAGUGAUUAUACAAAAUAA